AUGCCACAAGAGACACAAUGCUCAACUCAUCGAACUCAUCAUUCAGCAAGGGUCAACUCAUACCAGCAAGUGUCUGAUCUCUUGACGAAAUUCUGGGUUCAAGAAGAAGUUCCAGAGUUUUCCGCCAAUCAACUCAGCCCAGACGAUCAAUCUUGUGAAGAUUAUUAUGUAAAAACUCAUUCAAGAGAUCAAGAUGGUAGAUAUGUAGUGAGAAUACUACUGAAAGCAUCACCAUCUCUUCUAGGCAACUCAUUAGCGAGAGCUCAUCAGUGUUUACAACACAUGAUCAGACGACUUACAAAGAAUGACUCAUAUGCACAAGUAUAUCACACGUUUAUGCAAGAAUAUGAGUCACUGAACGACAUGACACGAGCCAAGGCAAACCUAGUCAACUCACCAGUGUAUUACUUGCCUUAUCAUGGUGUCUUACGAAAAGACAGUGUCACUACAAAACUCUGUGUAGUCUUCAUCGAGUCAUCAUCGAGUGGUUUUUCAGUGAACGACAUUCAACAUACAAGUGCCAAAGUCCAAAAGGACAUUACAGACGUACUCAUUUGGAUCAGGCAGCAUAAAUUCGUGUUUACUUCAGACAUCACAAAGAUGUAUAGACGAAUCAAAGUCCAUCAAGAUGACUGGGAUCUUCAAAGGAUCUUUUGGGUGAAUGAACACUCCAACAUCAUCCCAUAUCAACUUACAACAGUCACGUAUAGUAUCAGAUCAGCUCCAUUCCAGGCUAUUCAUACAUUAAUCCAGCUAGUCAAGGAUGAAGGUCAUAGAUUCCCUCUAGCUGUUGAUUCAUUAUGA